UUACCAACCACUGACACUCACUUCGACACCAUUACCGUCGCUCUUUAGCCAGUCCCUCGGGACAACCACAUUCUUUCCAAACCUCCUGAAACAUGCGGGGGUUCUUGUUCCUGGGCGUCCUGCCGUCCAUUGCCUUAGCAGGCCGGGCUUCGCGCCCUUUCUUCCUCCGCCGUACCGACAACUACGAUGCGCAGACGUGCGAAGAGCUCGGCUUGCAGCAGUGUGGAACGGGCUGUAUCCCCCUGGACUACUCGUGCUGUCCUGAUCAGACGGGAGGCUGUCCGGCCGAAAAGCACUGCGUUGUCGGCGACGAUGGCCAGGCGGGAUGCUGCCAGAACGGCUUCACUUGCUCGGGCAAUGGUGGCGUGACAGAGACAACAUUCGUUACUCCUACGACAACACUCAGCACACUGAGCUCAACUGACGUGUUGGGACCGACCGUGACGCUGACCAGCAGCACUGUCGACAUUAAUACCUCGUCCUCGAGCGAGGCAUCCCCAAGCUCCACCACUGAUCAGCCGGGCAGCAUCGCUGCAACCGACGAGGUUCCCAGUUCGACGUCAACCGAGGGGCUUCAAAGUUCAACCAUAACUGAGACCAUGGAUUCAUCGUCAGCCACCGCGUCGGUGAGCUCAACUGAGUUUGCCAGCACCACGGAGAGUACCGGCUCUACUGAGACUGCGAGCUCUCGUGAGAGUAGUAGCUCAUCUGAAGUGUCGUCCUCCACUUCACUCUCAGACACGGCCACAACCUCAAGAAGCACCUCAUCCGCCUCCGCCUCCGAGACAGUAUCCCCAACGACGUCAGCCUCAAAUACAACAACCACUACGACAUCCUCAGCCUCGCAGACAGCCAUCACCUCCACCCGCUCACCCAGCUACACAACCUCCACAAUCUACACAACCACAACCAAAACCAUCACCUCCUGCGCCAUCCCAACCGACAGCACCCACUCGCACGCCCCGUGCCCAGCCUCCUCGAGCUCCGCCAUCCUGGUGGUGACAGAAACAGUAGCCGUCUCCACCACCAUCUGCCCCGUCACAACAGCAACAGCAACAACAACAAUAACAACCAGCAGCAGCAACAGCCCGUCCCAUACCAACCCAACAACCACAGCUCUCAGCGCACAGCAGCAAACGCCAAACUCCACGACGGUAAUGCAGCCCGUGUCCAAGCCGGACGUGAUCUGUCCCGGCAGAGGACAGGGCUGUUACCCAGCGACGGCGGCGACGAGGCAUGCCGGUGUUGCGCCUAGUAGUGUUGCCAAAGGCAGUACGGUGCCGACGGCGGCAGCAGCAGCAGCAGGAGCAGCGAACUAUACCGGCGAAUACCAUCCCACUCAUCCCGCGGCAUCGUCGACGACAUCCAACUCCAAGGGGGUGGUGACCGCCGGAGCGGCCAAUCCGGGACUUGAUGUGGGGAUGGGCAUGGGCAUGGUGGUGUUUGGGCUGGCCUUGAUCCAAGGGAUGUUCUAACGCUGCUGGAGCAGCGCGUUUCACGGAGACAGUCGGGCAGAUAGGAUGAUGGUUGGCAAUACGCAAAAGGCAUCGGCUGAUACUAUAGUAG